AUGAUGGCAACCAGCAAGGCUAUCCCACGGGAACGACUCUUGGCUCUGCAGCACGCUUACGAUACGCUCUGCAUAUAUCUCGGGUUUCACGACGAUGAAAAGCACUUCUUGCGGCAGAUCCUAGAUGGUGACUUCAUCGACCCCUUUUUCGCAGAGUAUCGGCGCGACUACCUCGAAGCCGAAGUAGAGAUCGAGGAUGUAGAUUGCAAUGAGCUAUUCAGAUGGUGCAGGUCCAAGAAUGCGUUCGCGUUGCCCAAGUACGUCAGCUCUAAGACGCCGAGUAAGGGAAACUGGACAGCGCUCGAUCAUGCGGCUCGGUUUCUCGUCCGUACUCUUCAGUUCAGUUGGGAAAACGAUGGCGAGUGGACACAUGGGAAAUUUGAUCCUGAUAACGACCAGGAUCUGGAGAGCGAUAGAGAGUUUCAUCAGGUCUGGGCUAUCCUGCGGUAUCUUCAGAUAGAAUGGGAAGCCGCUAAUAUCGACGAGUGGGAAGGGGAUAGCAUAAGUGAGACUCUCGCAGAUGUGUUAUCCAGUCGAUUAUAA